UUGAUGGUUGAUUUCCAUUCAGCCCUGGCAGGAUACUACCGUUCGUCGGUGAAUUGAUGUGGGAAUACACGCUACCUCGGCUGCAUAGAUGGCAAACACAAGUGAGUUUGGGGAGAGCAGCCCGUCCUUCCACAACUAUGCGUCCAUGGCCUCUGCGGUCAAGCUGGCCUCCCUGGGUCUAAUCAUGGGCAUCAGCCUGCUGGGCAACGCGUCGCUGUCGCUGCUGCUGCUGAAGGACAGCUCGCUGCACAAGGCUCCUUACUAUUUCCUCCUGGACCUGUGCCUGGCAGACGUGGUCCGCUCUGCCGUAUGUUUCCCCUUCGUGAUGGCGUCGAUCAGCGGCGGCUCCUCUUGGCCGUACAGCGCGCUCAGCUGCAAGAUCGUCGCCUUCAUGUCGGUGCUCUUCUGCUUCCACGUCGCCUUCCUGCUCUUCUGCGUCAGCGUCACCCGGUACAUGGCGAUCGCCCACCACAGGUUUUACUCCAAGCGGAUGAAUCUGUGUACGUGCGUGGCGGUGAUCUGCAUGGUGUGGACUCUCUCCGUGGCCAUGGCUUUCCCCCCGGUCUUCGACGUUGGCACCUACAAGUUCAUCCGUGAGGAGGAGCAGUGCAUCUUCGAGCACCGCUACGUGAAAGCGAACGACACUCUGGGCUUCAUGCUGAUGCUGGCCGUCAUCGUGGGCACGACCCAUGUGGUUUACAUAAAGAUGCUGUGCUUCGUCUACGAUCACCGUAAAAUGAAGCCGGCCCAGCUGGUCCCGGCCAUCAGCCAGAACUGGACCUUUCACGGCCCCGGAGCCACCGGGCAGGCCGCCGCCAACUGGAUCGCCGGCUUCGGCCGCGGACCCACCCCGCCGACGCUGGUCGGCAUCAGGCAAGCUUCCCACCCCGGCAACAGGAGGCUGCUGGUGCUGGACGAGUUUAAGAUGGAGAAGCGCAUCGGGAAGAUGUACUACAUGAUCACACUGACCUUCCUCAUCCUGUGGGCUCCCUAUAUAAGCGCCUGCUACCUGAGAAUAUUUGUGCGGGCGGCUUCGGUCCCGCAGCUCUACCUGACCGCUGCGGUGUGGAUGAGCUUCGCCCAGGCGGGAGCGAACCCCAUCAUCAGCUUCCUGUUCAACAAGGAGCUCCGGAUGCGGCUCAGAGCGUGUUUCCCCUGCUGCCUGGGCACACAGACACCCAUGGAGCCAUACUGUGUCAUCUGAACCGCACCGGCCCCCGGAUACUGCCAAAGACACAUUUGUAUCUUUCCCCAGAAUGUAGACUGGUCCCCAAAACGGGAUUUUGUGGAGGCUGAGCCCACUUCAGUUCAGUUUACCCACAUGUUUUAUUUGUGGCAAAGAGUUUACUAUUUAAAUCUGAUUAAAAACACUAUGGUGUUAAUUUCUUACUAUAUUUUGCUUAUCAGAACCAGACUGAUAAAAGCUAUGAGGCAUAUGAAGGCACAGAAGCAUAAUGUGAUGCUUUUAUAUGAUGUGUUUGAGGUUGACUGCCUCACCAACUGGGCAUCAUGAUUAAGCCACGUUUUGAUUUACACCUCUGCAUGUACUGUAGGUGACAUUCAAUCCAAAUAUAGGAUAUAGCCCACAUGACAAACAGGCCAUGUGUCAUGUUAUGUCCUAUGUUUGGAGACUUUUUCCCUAUAUAGGCUGUAUAUCAAACUAUUUUGGUCCACUACUAUAUUGUAC